GCUCCCCUUCCAUUUCCCCACCAGAACUUUUCUAUUGCCCUAUACCUUGCUGAUGACCCCGAUUCCUCACUUGAAGCUCCUAGGAUGCUUGAUGUGAGCAUAAAUGGGGUGACAUAUUUCAAGAGAUUGAGUGCGACACAAAUGGGUGCUCUUGUCUUUGCCAAAAUGUGGCCUCUCGGUGGUCUAACCAAUAUAACUUUGACGUCAGUUGCUGGUUCGACCACUGGUCCAUUGAUCAAUGCAGGGGAGGUUUUCAGAUGUUGCCCCUUGGUCAAAGAACUGAUCAUACGGGAGACAUAAUAGCUAUUGAACAAUUGAGAAGCGGUUUCAAGAACCCGCCAGUAUCCUUGGACUGGAAUUACUUGCUCAGAAGGCUGCAGAAUUCGUGUGGUUACAUUGGAUUAGGCGAGUAUAGGCCUUGCUGGGUCGAUAUCACAUGGGAUCACUAGGUUGACUGCACUAACAAACAU